AUGCUGGCAGAUGGUACCAUUAGUAGAACUGAUAAUGAGUUUAUUAAUAAAGAUGUUUUAAGAUACGUUAAAAUAAUUGAAGAUGGUAUUGCAAAUUCAUUGAUUUAUUUCCAACAUGAAAACGCUUAUGAGUUUCAAGAUGGCCGAUGUGAUUAUGAUGAUUGUCCACCUAUAAACUAUGGAUAUUUUGAUUUUAUAAUUGUCGGUAGCGGUGCGUCUGGUUCUGUGAUUGCAAAUCGUUUAACUGAAGUUGAACAUUUUAACGUGUUGCUAUUGGAUGCUGGCCAUUUUGAAGAUGAGUUUAUUAAAAUUCCUGGGUUAAUGUCCUACUCCGCUGGUACGGACUAUAACUGGGGGAUCAAGAGUGUCCCACAGAGAAAUGCUUGUUUAGCAAUGGAAGAAAACAGAUGUCAAUUGUUUCGUGGCCGUGGUAUUGGUGGCUCUACAAUUGUUUCACCAUUGAUUUACGCACGUCCAUUGCCUUCUGACUUUGCAAAAUGGAAUGCAUUAGCUUCUGGUUGGUCAUAUCAAGAUGUCCUACCAUAUUUUAUAAAAGCAGAGAAUUUUUCUAAUAGUGCAUCAAUAUUAUCAAAAAACAUUGGACGCGAUGGUCCUCUAUGGGUUGAGGUACCCAAUUACACUACACCUCAUAUUGACGCGUUUUUAAAAUCUAAUCUUGAGUUAGGAUUUCCGGAAAUUAACAUUAACAACCUAACGGAUAUUACUGAUACAAAUAUUCAAGGUGUUUCUAGAGUUCAGAUAAACACACAAAAUGGCCGACGAUUAUCCGUGGGCAGUGCUUAUAUCACUCCAAUAAUACACAGAAAGAAUUUAAACAUUAGUGUUGACAAUUACGCAACAAAAGUUAUAUUUUCUCAUGGUAAAAGUAAUAAGAAACAUGCAGUUGGGGUUGAGUUUUUCAAAAAUAAUCAAAAACAUAUUGCAAUGGCUAGAAAAGAGGUAAUUUUAUCAAGUGGCACUAUUUCUACUCCACAACUUCUAAUUCAAAGUGGUAUAGGACCCAAAAACGAUUUAAUUAAAUUAGAAAUUGAUCAGAUAGUAGAUUCACCACAUGUUGGUAAGAAUUACCAAACCCACGUCGCCAUUUUUGGAUUAUCCAUCGAAACAAACACCAGUGUUAAUAUUUUAUCAUUGGAAGAUAAUGUGAAGUUGUAUUUAGGGGGAAAAGGUGUUUUGACAAUGGGAGGAAACAGAGGUGCAAUUGGAAACUAUACAAUUCCUAACAAGCAACAUAAAACAACAUUAAUUAACACUCAACACAAUAAUUAUGAUCUGGAAUUUAUCUUUUUGACACCCAAUCGUACUGCUGGUUUCUACCAAUCCGGAUAUUCAUUCAAACCAGAAGAAUUCAAAGCCUUAACGAAUAAUCUCACAAAUCAAAACACAUUUUCCAUAUUUAUAUCACCAAGAUAUCCAAAAUCUAUUGGUGGUGUAAGAGUAACCUCAAAAAACAAAUUUGACUUUCCCUCAGUAAAUCCAAAUCUUCUUUCUGAUGAAAACAACUUCGACAUUGAAGCUAUUUACCAAGGUAUUCUCCUUCUUAAAAAAAUGUUGAACACAAAAGCAAUGCGUCAUUUAAACGCUAAAUUUAAACGUAUUAUAUUACCUGAUUGUAAAUUUAAAUUAUUUUCGAAAGAAUAUUGGUAUUGCUUCAUAAGACAAACCAGUAAUGAAUUAUUUCAUCCAGUUGGCACAAACAAAAUGGCAUCAGGAUCAAAUCCUCAAAAUGGUGUAGUGGAUGAACAAUUUAAAGUGAAUGGCGUGCAUGGAUUACGAGUGGCGGAUGCUAGUAUUAUUCCUUUUAGUAUGACAGGACAUUCUGCAGCAACUUGUGUUAUGAUUGGUGAACGCUGUGCUGAUUUUAUUAAAAAUGAUUAUUAUUAA